AGUUUAGUCACUUUAGGCAAAGGGGAUCAUCUCUCUCUCUCUCUCUCUCUCUAUAUAUAUAAUACAUGUGUAUGGAUUAUAAUUCAAGACGAAAACUCCGAAGCGAUAACUUUUUAGAUUGUUGCACCGUUAAAAAGUGUGAUACUUUGCUUUAUUGAAUUCCUGUUUUAUUAUUUUUUGCUUUACUAGGCUAAAUAGUCCAUAUGGCUCGUUUCCCAAGCAUGGACGACAAGUGUGCUGUUUUACAUUUAUCGCGUCUGCAGCUGGACGACUUGAACUUGGAUCAUCUCACGGACAGUAAAAGACAACAAAUCCAGCAGCUGCAUCUCACUUACAAUCGGUUAUUGCUUCUUCCUCCUUCCGUUUGUUUUCUGUCUAACCUGGAAUAUCUGGAUAUCAGCAAUAAUGCGCUCACAGUCAUACCAGAUGACAUUAUGCGCCUAACAAACCUGAAGACGUUUGUAGCAAAGAACAAUCUUCUGGACGAGUCCUCGUUCCCUAAGGAGUUUGAACGCAUGCAGGUAGAGACUCUGAAUCUGAGUGGGAACAGGUUUGGGGAGAUUCCCGUGCCGUUUCUCAAAAUGACCACGCUACAGUCCCUGGCACUUGGAGGAAACAGAUUGAAGAAUAUCCCGGCAGAAAUAGAGAACCUGACCAGUCUAGAGUUGCUGUAUUUGGGAGGGAACCUCAUCUCCUUCAUCCCACCUGAGGUUGCUAACCUCACCAGUCUGAGAUAUCUGGUUCUGUGUGACAAUCGCAUCCAAAGCAUACCGCCCCAGCUCAACAAACUACACUCCCUGCUCUCUCUCAGUCUCCACAACAACCUGCUGACCUUCCUCCCUCGUGAGAUCCUCAGCCUCGUCCAUUUGCAGGAGCUCAGUCUGCGUGGAAACCCUCUUGUUGUGCGCUUCAUCAAGGACAUGACCUACGACCCUCCAUCCCUGAUGGAACUGGCAGGACGCACCAUCAAGACCCAGAACCUUCCAUUCAGCUCGUGUGACCUACCGUCCAAUCUGAACCAUUAUUUAAACCUGGCUAGCAAUUGUCCCAACCCAAAGUGUGCAGGUGUUUACUUCGACUCAUGUGUGAGGCACAUCAAGUUUGUGGAUUUCUGUGGGAAGUACCGCCUGCCGCUCAUGCAUUACCUCUGUUCCCCGCAGUGUUCCUCUCCCUGCAGCUCAAACCCACAGAGCGACGCGGAGUCAGAGGACGAGAACAGCGUCCCUGCAGACAGGCUCCAGAGAGUACUGCUGGGAUAGGACAGACAGACAGACCUCCAACAGAGACAGUUACCUGUCACAGCAUUUCCAUUUAAUGCUUAAUUUCAUGUUUUUGUAGACCUAUAAAAUGUUAAAAACACUUUGACCCAAAAGGUUUUAAAACAGUUUUCGUGACUCAACAAAAAAAAGCACUGGCUAUUUAGCUUAACUGUGAUUAAUACAGGUAGGUUUAAACUGUAAAUCAAACUUAAAGUGAUAGUUCACUCAAAAAAUUUGUCAUCAUUUUCUCACCCUCAUGUCACAGAUACUUUUUUGGAUGAUUUUAGAAGACAUUUGAUACUGUAUAUUGUCACAUGGACUACUUUUAUAGUUCUUUUAUAGUGUUUUUGAUCAUUUAACUUUUGCGUUUCAUGGAGAACAAAAGCAAAUUGGUUUGAAAUUUCAUGAGGGUGAGUAAAUAAUAAAAAUGUGAACUAUUCCUA